AUGAAGUAUUUUUUCCUACUCGGGGUGGGCGUCCUGCUACUUUCAGGAUGGUGCCAGGCCCAAGAGGGUGUAGGAACCGUGGAGGAGGUGACAGUAGACGCCGACUUGGGUGCGUCGCGUGAAGGUUCUCGGACAGACGCGGAGGCGGUCCUGCGCGAGGAGGAGGCCAUCUCGCCCGACGGCCUCAGCGUGGCGCAGCAGCGCGAGAUGCGCGAGCGCGCGCAGAACUUCACUUUCCAGACCGAAGUCAACCGCAUGAUGAAGCUCAUCAUUAACUCGCUUUACAGAAAUAAAGAGAUCUUCCUGCGCGAGCUGAUCUCGAACGGGUCGGACGCGCUGGACAAGAUCCGGCUGCUGUCGCUGACGGAGCGCGAGGCGCUGGCGGCCGACGCCGACCUCAGCGUGCGCAUCAAGGCGGACCCCGAGCGCCGCGCGCUGCACAUCAUCGACUCCGGCGUGGGCAUGACCCGCCAGGACCUCGUCACCAACCUCGGCACCAUCGCCAAGUCCGGCACCGCCGACUUCCUCUCCAAGAUGCAGGACGUGGAGAAGAGCGGCGCGCAGGAGAUGAACGACAUGAUCGGCCAGUUCGGCGUCGGCUUCUACUCCGCCUUCCUGGUGGCCGACCGCGUCACCGUGGUGUCCAAGCACAACGACGACGUGCAGCACGUGUGGGAGUCCGACGCCAGCUCCUUCAGCGUGGCGCCCGACCCGCGCGGGAACACGCUGCGCCGCGGCACGCACAUCACGCUGCACCUCAAGGAGGAGGCCGCCGACUUCCUGCAGCCCGACACCAUCCGCGCGCUCGUCAAGAAGUACUCGCAGUUCAUCAACUUCCCUAUCUACCUGUGGGCCUCGCGCACCGAGACCGUCGAGGAGCCCGAGGAGGCCCCCGAGGCCGACGACGCCUCCGACGCCUCCGAGGACGACGCCAAGGUGGAGGACGCCGGCGAGGAGAAGAGCGCGCCCAAGAAGACUGAGAAGACGGUGUGGGACUGGGAGCUGAUGAACGACAACAAGCCCAUCUGGACGCGCAAGCCCAGCGAGGUGGGCGAGGAGGAGUACACGCAGUUCUACAAGUCGCUGACGAAGGACAGCGCGGCGCCGCUGGCGCGCGCGCACUUCGUGGCCGAGGGCGAGGUGACCUUCCGCGCGCUGCUGUUCGUGCCGCGCGCGCAGCCCGCCGACUCCUUCAACCGCUACGGCACCAAGACCGACCACAUCAAGCUCUACGUGCGCCGCGUCUUCAUCACCGACGAGUUCAACGAGCUCAUGCCCAACUACCUGGCCUUCAUCCAGGGCAUCGUGGACUCCGACGACCUGCCGCUCAACGUGAGUCGCGAGACGCUGCAGCAGCACAAGCUCAUCAAGAUCAUCAAGAAGAAGCUGGUGCGCAAGGCGCUCGACAUGCUGCGCAAGAUUCCCGACGACGAGUACCAGCAGUUCUGGAAGGAGUACUCCACCAACGUGAAGCUGGGCGUGAUCGAGGACCCCUCCAACCGCUCGCGCCUGGCCAAGCUGCUGCGCUUCCACUCGUCGGGCGGCGCGGAGAUGACGUCGCUGGAGCAGUACGCGGCGCGCAUGAAGCCGGGGCAGUCGCACAUCUACUACAUCGCGGGCUCCAGCCGCGCCGAGGUGGAGCGCUCGCCCUUCGCCGAGCGCCUCGUGCGCGACGGCUACGAGGUGCUCUACCUCACCGAGGCCGUGGACGAGUACUGUCUGUCCUCGCUGCCCGAGUACGACGGCAAGAAGUUCCAGAACAUCGCCAAGGAGAUCUUCGACCUCGACGAGAAUGAGCAGCAGAAGGAGCGGCUGGAGGCGUACAAGAAGGAGUUCGAGCCGCUGACGCGGUGGCUGGGCGAGCAGCUGGGCGCGUGGGUGACGCGCGCCGCCGUGUCGCGGCGCCUGGCGCGCUCGCCCGCCGCGCUCGUGGCCACGGCCUUCGGCUGGACCGGCAACAUGGAGCGCCUCGCGCUCUCCAACGCGCACCAGAAGGCCGACGACGCGCAGCGCAAGCACCACCUCUCGCAGAAGAAGAUGCUGGAGAUCAACCCGCGCCACCCCGUCGUGCGCGAGCUGCUGCGCCGCGUGCGCGACGACCCCGCCGACCCCGCGGCCGCGCGCGCCGCGCUCGUGCUCUACCGCGCCGCCGCGCUGCGCUCCGGGUACCUGCUGCAGGAGGGGCAGGCCGUGGAGUUCGCCGAGUCCGUGGAGCACAUGCUGCAGGGCGCGCUCGGUCUGCCGCCCGACGCGCGGCCCGACGAGGACGACCUGGACGCCGACGCCGACGCCGAGGCCGAGGCCGACGCCGACGAGGUGGACGCCGAGCGCGACGAGCUG